UUCUAGGGAACCGAACGCCGCUUUUGUAUACCAAAAAAAAAAGAAAGUAAGAAAGGAUCCAUGUUUUAAUUUCUAUUUACGUUAUAAUUAUUAUGUCUCUUGUUGUAAAAAUUUUUCUUUCUAUUUGCUUAUUAGCCUUGGCAAAUUGCUUUUCUCCGCCGACAGAGCAAGCUUAUGACCCUUUAUCUUUAGCAAGUAGUAAAAACGCCAGUAGGCGAGUUGCACAUUACCCGUUUUAUAUCCAAGCUUUUCCAUAUGACUUUAAUUGCAAUGGAAAUCUUUCGUUUAUACAAAAUCCACCUCCUACUUCAGGACGAGGAGCCUAUUCAAGUAUGGCAAAUGUCAGUUCGUUUUUGACUGUUCCUACAGAUAAUACCAGUAUUACCUGUGUAUAUGGAUCGUGGUAUCAACCUAUCUGCUAUUCAGGCGACUUACCUAAAUGCUUUAGCAUGUCCAGCGGUACAAACAUCGUUGAGGUUACCAUGAAUGAUUCUUCUCAUGCUUUCAAUUUCCACAACAUUACGUUUUAUUAUUCAAGCAGCGAUCACUACUAUGCGCUUACACCGUCAACCACGUAUGCAUAUUUAGAAGACGGUCUUGAGAAACCUAAAAAUGAUUCAUACGCAGUAUACAAAACUUAUUUGUACUCUCGUAGUAAUACAACAUACAGAUUUGAGUAUUUGGAUGCGGAAUUAGUCCAUGACAAACGGAGAUGUGGCUCAGCGUCCUCUCUCAAACAUAAACGCUUCGAAAAUGAAAGAACAUUUAUGGACUACUUUUAUAAACAAAAGAUAUACACUGAACGAGAGUCAAAUCUGCAUUUCGUUCCACCUAAAUUAAAGCCUAUUUCUAAUCGAAAAGAAGUGAGUAAAAUUCGAUUAAAUUCAACUUCAAACUUUGUUGGCCGUGACUAUCCAAUUUGUGUUGAUACGUCGUCAUCCACUUCUCCUCGGAUGAAAAAUGGACUGCUGUACAUCUGCUUAGCGUUUGGGUUAAUAGCGCUAUAGAAGUUUUGCUAGGGUACGAAAACUUCAAAUAUUAACAAUCAUUAUAUUAUCUGCUGCGUAAGACAAAGCAUGACUAACAGGUAAAAAGUUCUUACGAUCCAAGUAAAAUUUUAUGGUUCCUUUAAAUCAUGCUGCUAUUUCAAGCAAAACAUAUAUGCGAUUACAUGUUUACUGUAUAAACGAACAUUGGAUAUUGAGGUGGCUUUACCAGAGUCAAAUCAUUUAAUCAUAUUCUGAACAUUUGAUGUUGGUACACCAGUCUAACAACUAUCAAAACAUAAAAUAUUGUCUAAUAAACGGAUUUUUCAAACCUCAUAAUGUUAAUAAUAAGUCCGGACUAAAGAAUAUCUGCUAUAUAGUUUCUUGAUAAUGCUAAACUCGUGCG